CUUGCUAAUACAUCGAACGGGGCCGAUUUUCCGGCCUCUGUACAAAAUAAAUAGGGAGUCAAACUUCGGCGAAGAAUCGUCAACCGCGCGCGAUAGCACUCCUAUAUAUAAUCUCUGCUUCUACCCGUUGCUAGAAAUUUAAAAGGCGCGAAACCAAACUAGAAUCUUGUGAGAAAGAGACGAGACGUUAGGGAUUUUUAGGGUUUUUGAAUCCGGGAGAGAGUCAGAAAAAGAAGAAGAAGCAGCAGCCAGAGAGAUGGGAGGGUGUUUUUCUGACGUGAAAGGUGGCAAGCAGGCCGUGGGUGGGGCCCAUCAUCAACAACAGAGACCCAUCAACAGCGACGCUGACUCAAACGACACCGUUGAGCUCUUUAACCGCUCCCGAGGGGUUUAUCCACUAUACACUCCGCUCGAGUUAUCGCUGUCAGCAACUAACUUGCUUGAUCGUGACAUUACGUCAAAGAGUGAUCCCAUGGUUGUGGUUUAUGUAAAGAGAGGAGAUGGUAAGCUAGAGGAACUAGGUAGAACUGAAGUAAUAUUGAAUAGUUUGAAACCAGCGUGGAUUGACAAAAUUACAGUUUCAUAUCAGUUUGAGGUUGUGCAGCCAUUGAUAUUCCACGUCUAUGAUGUCGAUACAAAGUAUCACAACGUAAAUGUAAAGACACUGAAGUUGGAGGAUCAAGAAUUUCUUGGGGAAGGCAGUUGUGUUCUUUCAGAGAUAGUGACCAAACAAAGUCGAAGUUUAACCUUGAAUCUGCAUAGCAGAAGUGGGCGUGAAGGUUUGAGAGACUUCGGAACACUCACUGUCCAUGCUGAAGAAACUAUGGCUUCAAAGAGUGUUGUUGAGAUAAAAUUCCGUUGUUCCCAAUUGGAAAACAAAGACCUCUUCUCUAAAAGCGAUCCUUUCUUAAGAGUAUCUAGAAUUGUUGAGAGUGGAGGUUCUGUUCCAAUUUGCAAGACUGAAGUGGUGGAUAACAAUUUAAAUCCAAUCUGGAAACCACUAUCCCUGAGUAUGCAGCAGUUUGGAAGCAAGGAUAAUCCAUUAGUCAUCGAGUGUUUUGAUUUCAACAGCAAUGGCAAUCAUGUUCUUAUUGGGAAACUUCAAAAAUCAGUGGCAGACCUGGAGAGAUUAUACAAAGAAAGAAGUGGGGUGAAUUUCGUCAUUCCAUCUUCUCAUGGUCAUGAAAAGGAUUUAAAGGGUCAGUUGUUUGUGGAUCAAUUUAAUGAAAAGCAGCAGUUCAGCUUUCUCGAUUAUAUUUCCAGUGGAUUUGAGCUUAACUUCAUGGUUGCUGUUGACUUUACGGCUUCAAAUGGAAAUCCUCAUCAACAUGAUUCAUUGCACUACAUUGAUCCGUAUGGCCGGUUGAAUUCUUACCAGCAGGCAAUAACGGAAGUUGGGGAAGUCAUUCAGUUUUAUGAUGCUGAUAAACGGUUUCCUGCUUGGGGCUUUGGAGGAAGGACAGCUGGAGGACCUGUAUCGCACUGUUUUAACUUGGAUGGAACUGCAACUGGCUUUGAGGUUGAAGGAGUUCAAGGCAUAAUGACUGCUUAUGCCAGUGCUCUACACAAUGCUUCUCUAUCAGGACCCACUUUGUUUGGCCCAGUGGUUAAUAGGGCUGCAGAGAUUGCUGGCAAUUCUCUAUUCCACAACAACAAUAAGUACUAUGUGCUAAUGAUCAUAACGGAUGGGAUACUUACAGACCUGCAGGAAACAACAGAUGCUUUCGUGAGGGCAUCUGAUCUUCCCCUCUCAGUUCUUAUAGUUGGAGUAGGAAGUGCGGAUUUCAAACAAAUGGAGAUUCUCGAUGCUGACAAUGGACUGCGAUUGUCAAGUUCAACAGGUCGUGUGGCUACCAGAGACAUUGUACAAUUUGUUCCUCUGAGAGAAGUGCAGAGCAAGUCCCAAACAUCUCUAUUUUUACUCUCCACAGCAUUCGUCAUGUUUGAAUAUGGAUAGAAUCUAUUUAUUCGCAAUUAAGACAAAAUUCAUUGUGAUUCUAACAGGUGGGCGCAUUUCUGCUGUUCAAUCGCUUCUCGAAGAGCUGCCUGGACAGUUCUUGAGUUACAUGCGCUGCAGAGACGUCAUGCCUCUCACUGUCCAUGCAG